CAGGGAGUGUGUCCCAAUGGCUGUGAGCUCGAGAGGGGGCGGUGAGCAAGCCGGCCGCACAGGUCCUGUGGCCUCAUGUCUCCUGGUUGCCCAACAGGAGGCUGGGGGCGGGCCAUGGCUACUGAUUAAAGGCCGCCUGGAGCAGCCUGUGUGGAGACAGGUGCCUAGCAGCCCAGGAAGCCAGUUGCUGCCAGCCUCAGCCUUAGGCCUUGCUGUCCCUGUGAGAACAAACAUCACCAUGUCCAAGCCACCCCGGGCUGAGACCUUUGUCUUCCUGGACCUAGAAGCCACUGGGCUCCCCAGUGUGGAUCCUGAGAUUGCUGAAAUAUCCCUCUUUGCUGUCCACCGCUCUUCCCUGGAGAACCCGGAGCGUGACGACUCUGGUACCCCCAUGCUGCCCCGCGUCCUGGACAAGCUCACACUGUGCAUAUGCCCGGAGCGCCCCUUUACUGCCAAGGCCAGUGAGAUUACUGGCCUGAGCAGUGAGGGCCUGGCACGGUGCCAAAAGGCUGGUUUUGAUGGGGCUGUGGUACGGACACUGCAGGCCUUCCUGAGUCGCCAAGAGGGCCCCAUUUGCCUUGUGGCCCACAAUGGCUUUGAUUAUGACUUCCCCCUGCUGUGCACAGAGCUGCAGCGCCUUGGUGCCCACCUGCCCCGGGACACUGUCUGCCUGGACACACUACUGGCACUGCGGGGCCUGGACCGUGCGCACAGCCAUGGCACCCGGGCUCAAGGCCACAAGGGCUACAGCCUGGGCAGCCUCUUCCACCGCUACUUCCAGGCUGAGCCGAGCGCAGCCCACUCAGCUGAGGGUGAUGUGCACACCCUGCUCCUGAUCUUUCUGCAUCGCGCUGCUGAGCUGCUCGCCUGGGCAGAUAAGCAGGCCUGUAGCUGGGCCCACAUCAAGCCCAUGUAUGUGCCACCUGACGGCCUGAGCCUUGAUGCCUGAGUGCUAACCUUGUCCAGCCAGCCAGUCCCUAGGCUUGGAGCUGGAGCCGACCAGGGCCUUCCUCCGUAGCACUUUCCAGGCCUUUCCUAGCCCUGCUCUAACUGGCCACAGCCCUAGAGCCUUCUCCCAGCCCCACCUGCCAGCUGUGUGCUCUCUGGCCAGUCCAUAUGCUGCAGCAGUUUGCGGCUUUAGGGCUUCUACCCUUCCUCCUGUCUCUCAAUAAACACCAACUACUCACCAGCUGACUUCCUGACUGGUCUUCCUGCCUGUGCCCCACUUCCUGCC